AUGGCCACCAAGUGGGAAAACCCUAACGCCCUCCACCACGAUGGAACGCCCCCCAGCACGACGGCCAUCGACAGCAGUAGCGCCACUAUUGUCUUCCACAACAUCAACAUCAACAGUAACGACACCACCAAUAAUCAAAAAGCUUCGAAAUCAAGAACAUCCAGUGACGAAGGGCACGGAAGAAAGAAAGGAGAGGGAAGGAGUGAGGGUUGGGCACUUCAGAGUGACGAAGGGCAUGGAAGUAAAACGAAAGAGGAGAGGGAAGCAUUGCGGUGUCGUAAAAUUAGAGGUGGUAGUGGUGGUGGAUGUGGUGCUGAUGGUGGUGGAGGUUGUGGUGGUGGUGGUGGUGGUGGUGAUGGUGAUAGUGGUGGUAGAUGUGGUGGUGACGGUGAUGGUUGUGGUGGUGUUGGUGGUAUAGGUGGGAGGAAAAAAACUUAUUAUUAG